AUGAGUAUAACCAGUAGAAGCGGUUUAGUGCCUACGCCCAAAAAACCACGAAGAUACUUAGCAAAAAAAUCCAAUAAUGCAAAUUUGCUGCAAAACUUUGAGGCCCUACCCAUGGCUUUAUCCUUAAGGCCGUUUGGGGGCUUGUUUAAUCCCUUUGCCAAAGGAUGUUCGGUUUUAUGCAAUCAUCCGGCUCCUGCAGAAGUUAAACAAAUAAUUAGUCAGUGUAAACAGUCAUUGACUGUAGAGGGAAAAAAUAUCCAACAUAUGCAAGCAUCGCUCACAGAAAAGUCUCCCUCACCUAAUGAGCCACCCGAUAACAUACCCGAAGAUUUGUUUCGUCGUUAUACCGACACCGAUUCUCGACCUCUAACACCCACACCCACUGUGACCAGCAUACAUACACGCACUAGUGCUGGUUCCUUUUUAAACAAUCGCCGUUGUAUUACCCCCGAAUUGGGUAAUAAUGAUAUGAUUAAACGCAAAAAAAUCAUUUUGGAUUUAAGAAGAUCCCAUUCGCAAGAAACUUUAUAUUGGAAGCCUUGUUCGGAUUUAUCGAGUGGCGGAGGUUUUGGGGAUACAGAUCAAAAGACCAGGAGUGCUGGUGCCAUUGAGGAAAAGAAGGGUAGAAAACAAAAAUCCGAGGAACAACAGAGACCCAAAUCUUCUAUGGCUACGGCCACAAUACCGGAAGAAGGCGGCGAUGCUGGGGAAGAACACAAAAAAGUUAUACAUACCUGUAUAAAUGAACAGGAUUAUGCUGAUGAAGAUAUACGCCGGGGUAAAAGGAGAAGGAAAAUAAAGGCUGUAGCUGCUACAGCCACAACUUUCCACUUGAGUCAAGAUCCUGAAACUCAGGUGGCUGCCUUAGGUCCGGAUUCCUUAAAUCCCAGUACUAGACCUAGUCUAAUACCCAAUGCUGCUAACCUGUUGCUUAGCCAGGAAAAACGGGCCAGUGAAGAGGUUUUGUUAAAAGGCAGCUUUUUGACCGAUGAAGCUUUUCAGGCUUUAAAAACUAAACUAGAUGUAGAUCUCAUAGAAAAUACUUUUGAUCGUUAUCUUAAUAGAGCCUAUCGAGAGGCCUAUAAAUAUUUGCCGCUCAAACCUAGAGACCACAAUGAUGUUGUUAAAGAACUGGAAAAACUAAAUAUGAUUUGUGAGAAAAUGCCUCGCAAAUUCUCUAAAUCAGCAACAAGAUUUGAUGUACCCAUGGAUUUAAAAUCUGUAAAAGACAUGUCAGUCCUACAUUAUUUAAGCAAAUAUGUUUGGGUAUCGCGCCAACGCAAGCAAAUAUAUAAAAGAAUUUUCCUUAAAUAUCUCAAAACCUGCCCGGAACAACCAGAACAACUACAGCAACAACAAUUAGCUGAAACGGAAAUAAGUUUUCCUUUGCCCGAUUAUCAAGAGCGUUAUAUGAAUACAAAACAUUUAUAUCAGGCUCUGGAGGAUGUAUUGGAAUUUUAUGGCACCCAAAAGAACAUUGAAAAAGUUCUUGAAUUAAUAAACUAUAAGGAAAUACAAGCAGAAGAUCAAUUAAUAAAUUUUCGUUGCUGGUGUGGCAUAGUAGCCUUUGCAGAACGUUUGGCAUUAGAUGAACCCAACUGCACGGAUUCGUGUGAUGAGUUGGAAAAGUCUGAUUUUAAUAGUCUGGAGCUGAGAUUAUACGCCUUUGAAAUUCCGGAAAACUUAAAACAAGUUUUUGAAAUUAUACGCAACACCCACAAUAUAAAAUAA